CCUGGUUAGACUGAAUAUCAAUCUGGUUAGACUGAAUAUCAGUCCGGUUAGACUGAAUAUCAAUCUGGGUAGACUGUUCUUAAUUUGUAUUUAAGACACAUUGCACGGGUAGGAAACUUUGACAUUCUUUAAUUUGCUAUGGGAUUCGUAUUCACUUGUUCUUAGAUAGUUCUAGAUAAUAUUUCCACAGGAGCCAUAAGGAGCCAUAAUAAGCAAAAAGCUUACCUUUGUUUGUCAAAUCCUUACACUUCCAGGCAAGACGGAUACUUCCGGUUCUUCCGGCUUUCUUUUAGCGAUUCCAAGAAAACUGUAAUCAAACCCCGCCGGAAAUGGAAAAAAAAAUUGAGACGAGAAGAAAUUGGUCCUGGAUUCCUGGCCAAGGAAGAAAAAGGAGGCGACAGCAUUGAAAAUAAAUAACCUGUUAUGCUAUAAUUGAUUACCAAAGAAACUGCAAUACUUCAUCCUUCGCAACCAUUUUAUCAACCUCACCCCUCCCUUGUGUUAAAUGUUUAACCUCCAUAGGUUGAGCGCUGCUUCAGGUAAAUGCGGGCUCUCAUAACAUGCUCGUCUCGCUUUUGCUUGUCACGAUAGCUUGUCACGACAGUUGUGCGAAGAGAUGGGCCCGAGGAAACAUGGCCGUCAUCGAUCCAAAGAGGACGUUCAGCAAAAUAGCAACAAGGCUAAGCACACGAAAUCUCUUAAAAACAAAAUCAGAGAUGUACAAAGACUGCUUAAAAAGAGUGAUCUCCCAGCCACUAUACGGGUUGUACAAGAAAGAAUGCUUGAUGUGUUAAAAGAGACUAUCAAGGAUAAAGCCAAAGAAGACAAGGAGAGAAGGAUUUUAAAAAGAUCCAAGAAAGUCAAAUUCUUUGAGAAAAGAAAGGUUUUCAGAAAGUACAAAGCAUGUGUCAAAGAGCUAAACGAAACCAAGGACAAUAAAACACAAGAAACUUUGGAGAAGGAGCUUGAAGAGAUUAAACGACACUGGAAUUAUGUUGUUCAUUUUCCACAAGACACAAAGUAUAUUUCUCUUUUUCCAUUGACGCCAUACACUAAUGAAAAAGUUGUUGAGAAGCAAGAACAAAUCCUUGAACUCAUCUCGGAGAAGGUAGCAAGCGGAGAGUUAGAAGAUGCAUCUGCAACAAUUGAUCAAAUGGGCAGUGGAUCAAAAGAAAGAAAAACAGCGAGACCUAAACUGAGACUAACUGAACAGGCUGAUGUUCCGCAAGGAGACAGUGGAGAUGAAAGUGAAGAACAAGGACCAUCCCCCAAGUUGAACCUCAACGAUGACUUUUUUAUGGACUCAAGUGCAAGCACAGGGUCUCUAGUUGACGAGGAAAAGUCAAAGAAGGAGAAAAAGAAACCAACACCAAAGCUAAAGCGACCUAAAUUUAAAAUUCAGAAAAGUUAGUUUUGCUCAAUGUAUACCUCAUACGGACCGAAGCUGCGUUCCAUGAGAAUGCCUUGUGCUUUCUGUGAUAUAUUAUUCAAAUCACGGUAGAUAAUUUACGAGAGCAACAAUAUUAACUUAAGAAACUAGAGUACAUAUAUAUUUUCAUACAAAAUUAUUUCCUAGAAUUGUUAUAUUUGAAGACUUUGUUGUGAUAUUUACACUACAUGCAUGUAUUUUGUCGAUUAUAAAAUUGUGUGAAAUCCAUUUGAAAGCUCGACAGGAAUGUAUUUACAAUAGCAGAGAAUUAUCAUUAUAUGGAAAUCUGUCACAAGUCACCAGUUAACGCUGAAUAUAGCAUGUGCCUUGCUCGUGGACAAAAUUAUAAUUAUACUUCUUUAGUGAUACAGACUGGAAGCUUAACAUAAUUGCAGUUCUCGCUCAAGUAAAAAUUAUAUUCCCUGAGAAAAUUUUGGUUGAAAGCAGGGUUGAAACAAGCUAUUUAUUGCGAAAUAAGAUAAACAAAAAGUUUAAUAGUGUAAAAUAUUUAAAUCGUUCCUAACUAAGUGCCAAUAGUCAGAAUUUCUUCCUCGUUGUAUAGUUUUGGAGAAAUGCAUUUUUUUCAGUCCUUCUUUGUAAUUUGAAAUAAGUAACUUACUUACUACGUGCAAACUGAAUUCCUAUCGCAAUAAAGAUUUGAACUCCA